GCUUAUUCCAGGGUAAUCCUAGUGAAGGAAAGUACUACCAGUAUCCUUGCGUAGACAGCGCACCACGCAAGCAUAGGCUAACAGAUACCCGAGAAUGACAGCCCUCAUUGGACGUGUUUCGGCCAAAGACGCGGUGCUACGACGCGGCCCAGCGCCCUGUGUUUACGGCCCUACUAUCCAGCGCCGCGCAACUGUAGUUGUGAGGACGUCGAAGGAGGAGGCUGUGAAGCAGCUUGAACAGUUUGGUGCUGGCGUGCUUGCUAAAGUUCAAGAACCUGCACCGAGCACAGUUCCCGUGACGCCGUUGGCUGCAAAGAGCGUCGAUGCAAGUGCAUCAGGAAGUAUCGACGGUGGCCUUCUCGAAUUGAAUAAGGACACUUUCUGGGAGUACCUUAAGCUUCAAGGCGAUACGCUAGUCGUUGUGGAUUUCUACACGGACUGGUGCGGCCCCUGCAAGCUCAUUUACCCCGAACUGGUGAAGCUCUCGCAGGAGAGGACUGAUGUGCGGUUUGUCAAGGUUAACUGCAACAAGACGAACAAGGAGCUCGGUAUCGCCCUGGGAAUCAAGGUGGCCCCCACAUUCCAGCUGUACCGGAGCUCGACAAAGGUCGCUGACAUGACGGGCGCUAAGCUGGACAAGCUCAUCAGCCUCAUUGACGAGCAGCAACAACAGUUUGCCGCCAGCAAUUGACCUUCGCUGGAGUAGUGGAGGCUCCCCGGGGGGGGUGUCGGUGCCGCAACGGGUUAAUGUUAUUGUUGGGCGCUGAUGCUCUGUCGCUGGAGCUGCAUGGGACUCCGGAAGGAGGUUGAGAGAGAGGAGGACCGAGAACAGCGCGAGCUGCGUGCACGUCACCGAUCAAACAGCCCCGUGAUUGCGAAUACUGCAGAUGGUGUUUGGUGCCAUGUGGUGACUUCAGCCCAAGGUCCCAGGGACGAGAGGGGUGUCUGCCGAUCCACGCGAAGGUCGGCCGUGUGAUGCGUUGUGUCGCUGCGAAAGAUUGGAGGGGAGCUCAAGAGGCAUCUCAGAGGGCUGUGAUCUUGGUCGGAGCGGUGAGCUUCGUAAGCUUAUGAUGCGUCAAUAAUUUUUUUAUGUGUUUCUCGCCAGUGUGGUGAAUUAAUACGUUUAUUUCUCCUAACGAGUUUGGCCAUUUCAGUCAAAGUUAUGAAAAAAGGCGUGUUAUCGGGCUAUCGGAUUCUGUGAGCUUGCCGACCCGCUCAACUGCUAUGUGUCGCACUUUUGCGCCGAACUUUUGAGUUUCGAUUUAAACAGGUAUGCAGCUUUAGCAGAGAGGCGUGACAUGAUUGUGCGUUUCUAUUGUGUUUAUUUGCGAGCUUCCGCGGUCAUGUAUGCUUUCAACGGUGCGAGCUUUACUUGAGGAGGUGCGUAAAAUAUGUCUUGUUGACGCACAACGAUUUGAUGUUUCACCCCGAGCAAAUGUGCUGUGUAAGUAUGACUGACAUCUAUGCGGUCUAGAUGGUUCGUUUUCUUGUUCUUCUGUCCGUCACCUAGCACGAUCCUGAAGUGCAUUUCUGAUCAAUAAACACGGCGGAGCUAUUGCAGUCUCCUCCUUUUCAGCGUUGACCGGCACACCGCAUAUGCCUACCUUCAGUCGCUAAAUUGGGGCGUUCAGUAUGCCUCCGUAGUGGUAGUGCUGACGUAAGAUACAGCAGCACCACCACCACCACCACCGCCAGUCUUGAGGUGGCUUUGCCAUUUCAGAGCCUGUGGGGGGGAAAAGGGGGGAGCCGGUUCGCCGGGGGGGGUUGUUUGCUGCCGGCGGAGAGAGGGUGUGUGUGUGACGCUAUUGGUUUUCUAAGCACCAUGAGAUUGUGGCGGAAGAAUGUAGCGCCAAUAGCUGUUGUCGUAUUUGUUUCGUUGUUAUGUAAGUCGUGCAGCAGCAGUGCGCCUUCUUCUUUAAGGCGCGUAAAGGCCAAUCGAUUAAUCGCAAAGGAACAACAUUACGAAUAAAUCUGGGAAUAAUCUGUUUGAAGAUGCGACGGUUGAGAUGUUGGCUCUGCGGCGACGGGAUGGAUGGACCGUUGUGCGUUUCCGGUUUGUCGUUGUAUCGUUGCAACUGCCAAUUGUAACUGCCAGAAGUCUAGGGUCUCGGGAGAAGAUCUUUGGGGGUGCUGGUCAGGUCAAACGAUGUAAGACGGUACCGG